AUGGCGAAAAUAUCAGUGGUUGUGGUGUUGUCGCUGACGCUACUUGUCUCGAUAAACUUGAUGAAGAUUUUGGCAGAGAAGCAGCCGACAGUUGGACAGAAGAUAGACACCGGCGUGACGGAAGCCACUAAUGCCGUCAAGAAACAGGGUGGCUCAGAUGCGGCCGUAACCUCCAAAGCAAAAUCCGUUCAUGGAAAUGAUAAAACCAAGUAUGCCUAUAAUUCUUUAUAA